AUGAUGCGCCUCAUAGUUACUGCGACAGCCGUAAUAACCGGCUCGUCGGUAGUCUACUUCUAUGUCUUCCAUCAGCGCCUGGCAUCCACGGUCCAGCACAAAGCCUACAGAGGAACCCUUUCAGCCUCAACCAAACCAACAGGAAUAGAAUCAGUUCCCGAUUCGGUCUUCACAGACCAGUAUGUCACACUCUCGGAUAGUUCAUCCAAGUCUAUCCCGAGAUGCUCUCUCCCCGGAAAUGAGUCAACAGAACUGCUUUUCAAAAGGCUAGUGCGCCGCAACAUGACGGCAUUUUCCCGGUUCCCGCAGGCUCUCAUGUUGAAGAUGGCCUCCAAGACCCAAGAAGAACGAGACAGUUUUAAGAGGUCGCACAUCGCUUCUCUAGAUUUUAAAGAGGGUGACCUUGUUUGCGGUGUUUACCGAGUCAAAGUGCGCCAAGAGAAUAAAGUGGAGUUUGAGAUUCAACUGAAGACAAUGGACUUUGUCAACGGUCGACUGGCAAUUAGCUGUCAGGAGAAAGGAGAUAUGAUCAUGUUUACGAGUGAGACGGUUAUGUGGAGGAAAGCAGACGAAAGUCGCAGGAUGCCGUUGGAGAGACCGGUUUUGAGAUGGAUGCAUGAGACUGCGGCGAUGUGGUUGAUUGACUCUGGAGUGCGCUAUCUGAUGGACCUGGAAACUUAG